UUACAGGAGGGCUCUAUGGAUAGCUUAUAUGAGCCAGUCCCAGAGCAACAAGCUAACCAAGGAAGCACCUCUGUCGGGACUGGUUCUCUUAUCUCACCUCAUGGGGAGAGUGGAAAAGCACACGCCAAUCUCUUCAUGGAAGUUUCUAAUUUUGAGAAUGCCAAACCAAAAAGAAAGUCAAUCCAGAGAUCUAUGUCUGAAAACAAAGGAUUUGAAAGGAAAAUAGCGAAUGACACAACCUGGCAAGAACCCAGCAAGCCAGAGAAUGAUUCCCACAUCAGAAGACUCAGUCAGCUAAAAGAUCUAAAUGAAGAGGAUUUUCUUUUGAGUAAUUACAUGCAUACUUUUCAAGGAAAAAAACCACAAGGCAUUUCCUGUCAGGCUGUAAGAUCAGGCGGUGACCCAGCGGAAUCAAUGGGGAUGUUAAAGAGACUACAGAAACUGGUUUGGACCAAGAAAACCAGGGUGCCGAGUCUGAAUGAGAUAAAACACACAUUAAUAAACCUCGAAGAUGAAGAUGAAACUUUAAUUUCCUGUAUGAAAUUAACCAAAUCCCAAGAAAAGAAAAUUAGUAAUGUUAGCACAAGGGGAAAGGAAGAAAUGGAGAGGAGAUUGGAUUCUAUUUCUGCAUCACUGGUUAGAUCCAGCAUUUCCACUGGAGGCGAUAUGGCAGAAAUGUUAUCACACAAUGAAGGUGAAGUUCAGAUGUGGAACAGCUGGAAGCUUUUUCCAGAAACCCCUCUCUGGACAUGUGUUGAUUUUCAAAUUGCCCAAGUUGGACCCUGGAAUGACUGUUCGCGCUGCACACACCACCCACAACUUAAGUCUUCUUGUACAGAUAUGGAUCUCCCAUAUUCUUGGCGCAGCAGCAGUUUUGGGAAUUUCGAUCGUUUUCGGAAUCAUUCCAUUUCAAAACCAGAUGAUUCAACUGAGGUGUAUGAAGGGGAAUCCAUAAAUGAAAAUGGAGAACAAAACAAAACUUCAAAUAAUGGAGGAGGUUUAGGGAAAAAAAUGAGAGCUAUUUCCUGGACAAUGAAGAAAAAAGUGGGUAAAAAAUACAUCAAAGCCCUUUCUGAGGAAAAGGAUGAGGAGGAUGGAGAGGAUACCCUCCCGUACCGGAACAGUGACCCAAUGAUUGGAUCUCACACAGAGAAGAUCUCCCUCGAAGCCAGUGACUCCAUGGAUAGUCUCUACAGUGGGCGGAGUUCAUCAAGUGGAGUCACAAGUUGUUCAGAUGGUACAAGUAACCGGGAUAGUUUUCGACUUGAUGAUGAUGGCCCAUACUCUGGACCAUUCUGUGGCCGUGCCAGAGUACAUACUGAUUUUACACCAAGCCCCUAUGACACUGACUCCCUCAAAAUCAAGAAAGGAGACAUAAUAGACAUUAUCUGCAAAACGCCAAUGGGGAUGUGGACAGGAAUGCUGAACAAUAAGGUGGGAAACUUCAAAUUUAUUUAUGUGGAUGUCAUCUCAGAAGAGGAAGCAGCCCCCAAGAAAAUAAAGGCACACCGAAGGAGUGGAAAGGAAAAACCCAAGACUCUGCAGGAGUUCUUACAGAGGAUUGACCUUCAGGAAUAUACCUCAACACUGUUACUCAACGGUUAUGAGACCCUAGAAGAUUUAAAGGAUAUAAAAGAGAGUCAUCUCAUUGAAUUAAACAUUAAAAACCCAGAAGACAGGAUGAGGUUACUAUCAGCUGCUGAAAAUCUCCUUGAUGAAGAAACUAUUCAAGAGCAAGAAAAUGAAUCUGUGCCCCUAUCCUUAAGCCCAGACAUCUCCUUAAAUAAGUCACAGUUAGAGGACUGCCCAAGGGACUCUGGUUGUUAUAUCUCAUCAGAAAAUUCAGAUAAUGGCAAAGAAGAUGUGGAGUCUGAAAAUCUCUCUGACAUGGUACAGAAGAUUACUAUCACAGAGCCAAGUGACUGAAUACACAUUCUCAACUUUAUAUCUACAGACACAUUCCACUUUAAUUCUAUUUGAGCUAAAAGAUCAAAUAGGAGAGAAAGAGAAGUAUUUGCGAAUACAACCUGAAGUUAAAAAAUUUUAAUCAGAAUGAUUUUACACAAAAGUUCAUGUCUCCAACAUUCCCAAUUAUUGUAAAUAGUAUGUAUAUUUAUUAUUUUGAAUGCUACAUGUUAAUAUUUCAUUUGCCUGUAUGAGAAGAGGUAUGGUGUAAGUCUUUGGUGUGUGUGAGAUAAGAUUUAUUCAUCUUUAUUUUCUAAGUGCAACAUGAAAAAUUCUGCAGGGAAAACUCAUUUUUUCAUCCCUGCCAGUUUUGAACUUAUGUACGUUAUUGAACAAAUAGUAAUGGAGAGAGUAUCUGUAUAACCAAUUGUCCAAGCAGCAGUUACACUCAUUUUUAUACUUAAUAGGAAAGUGUGAGUUGAUACUGGAGACAUUUUCUCUUGAUCCAGAGUGGAGUUUUAGUAAUUAUUUUUUGUUGAUUUCUUCACUGUUAUCUGCUAUAAAAGAAGAGUUAACAAGAUGUUGUCAAUUCUUAUUUAGUAAAACUAAUUUUAAUAAUUGUACAGAUGUUUCAUUUUUUAAUUAUAAAUAUUUUAAAUUUUGAAAUAGCCUAAUUUUAAUAAUAAAAAGAACUACGUGCAUUUACUCUUUUC